AUGAAAAGUAUGAUCUCUGGAAUAUCCAGCAAAAUUGUUGAAUCAAAGAAAGCAAAAAUUUUUCUUUUAGGAACGAGAUUAUUAUGGAUUAUUACAACAAUAAUAUAUAUAGUACUUUUUUAUUUUAUAACUAAUAAAUAUGUAUCAUUAAGUGAAGAUGAUAUUGAUGAAUAUAACAUUAAAGGGAAUGAAGAAGACCUUUUAAAAGAUGAUAAGAUUUUUAAUAAUUAUUAUAAAUCCUAUAAUAAAAUAAAUGCAAUUUGUGGAACGUUUCUCAUAUUAUUAUGUAUAGUUAAUAUAAUAAGUAGCUUUUAUUCCAAAUUAAAUAGAGGAUAUAUGUUAUAUUUUAAAAGGAUGAUUGGUUUUGUAAGUUUACAUUUACAAUUAUUAUUUAUUGCUAUUAUGUUUUUACAAAAUCAUGAAAAUGAAUUAUUUUUUUGUAAUAUUAAUAAAUAUAUAUAUUGGUUUGAGGAUUAUGAUAAUAAAACAGAUCUCUUUAUAAAUUCUGGAGAAAAUUUAUGUAAAGUACAUAAUUACUCAUAUAUCUUUCCAGCUUGCUUUUUAUUUCUUUCAUUAAUUGAAUUUGUAUUUUUAUAUUUUAAAAUAGAAAAACAUUUCCGUAAAAAGUUUUUAAUAUUUUAUAUUAAAAUGGGUACUGGAAUUAUGUAUUUAGCUCUUUUUUAUAUUUUCCUAAAAAGUAAAAGUUUUUAUAACAAUAUCUUGUCAGAAUACAAUAUUUUCACUUUAGAUGAUUAUAGUGACCCUAUUAAAAUAAUUAUAUUUGCUACACAAAAACAAAAGAUGUAUUAUUUUCAACUAUUAUUAGUUAGUACUGUUUCAUCUGCUAUUGUAUUUUGUUUAUUAGGAUAUUUUGAUAUAUACACAAUUAUGAAAUCUUGUCGAUUUUCUCUUUUAGUUAAUAUACCUAUAAGUGUAUUUACCAUGAUUGUAGUUUUUAGCCAAUUGCUUUUUUCAAGUUAUAUACUUGAAACAAGUGCUUUUUUUUGUGCUUACGAAGAAUUUAUUGAAAUUCAUAAACGUGAUCAAAAAGCCUCAAACAAAAUGAUUGCACCGUCAAACAUUACAGAAACGGAUUGGUUCUGUAAUUUAAAAUCUUUCGAUUAUAUUUAUUUUACAAAUAUAUCUACCUGUCUAGUAACAUUUGGUUCUGAUUUCAUAGUAUCCCUGUAUUUAGUUUUUUCAAAGAAAUAUGCCCCCAAAACUUCUUAA